AUGAGGGUAGACGAGUUCUCUUUAGACAAGAAGACAUCAAAGUGCGGUGGUAUCAAGGAAGUAGGAGAAGCUCUUAAAGUGAUGGGGAGAACAAAGGCAGUUGGACCGGCUAACAUUCCGAUUGAGGUUUACGAGAACUAUAGAGGAAUCAAACUUCUAAGCCACACAACGAAACUGUGGGAAAGAGUGAUUGAAAGAAGAAUUAGACAAGAGACGAGGAUUAGAGAGAACCAAUUCGGCUUUAUGCCAGGAAGAUCAACGACAGAGGCUAUUCAUCUUUUGAGGAGAGUGGUGGAAAAGCAUAGGGAGCGAAAUAAGGAUUUGCAUAUGAGUAUCGACUCACAUUCAGACACUGGUGGUAUAAUAGAGUCCUUCCCAAUUAAAGUGAGACUACAUCAGAAUGAUAUCAUUUUGGUCGCAGAAAUUAAGGAGGAGGCUAAUAGUAAAUUCGAAGAGUGGAGGGCAGUCUUAGAGGGUAGAGGUGGGAGAGAAUUGAUAGGUGAGCCAGAGGUGACCAUAGGGGGAGACGUUGUUGCAUGCACAUCCAAGUUCAAAUAUUUGGGAUCGGUAAUCCAGAGUGAUGGGGAGAUUGAUGGAGAUGUUACUUAUCGCAUAUAA